GGACCUGGCCGGUUGCGCGCGCAGACGACCGGUGUACGGGAGAAGUUCAAGAUGGCAGCGGCCAUGUUCCGCGCUACGCUGAGAGGAUGGAGAACCGGCGUCCAGCGGGGCUGCGGGCUACGGCAGCUGAGCCAAACCCAGGAGCCUCCUGAUUACCCAAGCUUUGUGGAGUCUGUGGAUGAAUAUCAUUUUGUGGAGCGCCUGUUACCCCCUACCAACAUCCCAAAGCCACCGAAGCAUGAACACUAUCCCACUCCCAGUGGUUGGCAGCCACCCAGAGACCCCCCACCCGACCUGCCCUACUUGGUGCGGCGCUCUCGAAUGCACAACAUCCCUGUCUACAAGGACAUCACACAUGGCAACCGCCAGAUGACUGUCAUCCGGAAGGUGGAGGGGGACAUCUGGGCCCUGCAGAAAGAUGUGGAAGAUUUUCUGAGUCCACUGCUGGGGAAGACACCGGUCACCCAGGUCAAUGAGGUGACAGGUACCCUGCGCAUCAAGGGCUACUUCGACCAGCAGCUCAAAGCCUGGCUCCUGGAGAAGGGCUUCUGAGGCCCAGCCAAGCAGCCUGCAUGAUAGCAUCCCCACCAGACUAGAGUCUGGGCGGGGAGG